AGUAUCCAAAAUUUGAAGCGACUACACCAGGACCCUUAUACUGUAAUACUGGAGUAGUACUACUACUUCCUCUACUACACAGUAUUUCCAUGUACUCCGCUGCCUUUGUCCUCAGUGACUGUGUUCAGAAUCGCUUUCUGAAGGCUGUCUGAACGAUCAGAUUUACUUCAGUAAUGCCUCCAAAGAGAAGCUGUGGAUCUAGUCCAACACAGCCGCAAGUGAAGAUGAUAAAGAUCGGCAGUCCUUUACACCUUCAGGAGUUCGGUGCUGGCUCAGUGGAGGACAGAUACAGGAUGGCAGAGGAGUCUAGCCACUCACCUCUUCGCACCAAUGAUUACCCUGACCUGGUUCUCCAACAGUCUUGGAAGAUGUUCCUAGAGCCUGAAACGUUUGACUGUGAUGAGGAACAUCUUGCAAGCCAAGGCAUCAGAACAGACACCAUCAGCCUCCUUAUGAAAAUAGAACAGCUUCAGGCACAGCUAAAAUAUGAGCGCAGAUGCAGGAUUUUGGCUGAGAGAGAGCUGAGGGAACUGAAAGAGAUGAACACACUCAUGAUGCAGAUGAGGCACACAGCAAAUGAACUUCGAGUAACUCUGGAUCACGUUCUCCAUGGAGGUGAGGCAGUAGUUGAGCCACAAAACCACAACGAACCUGUGACUUUCCUGGGGGAGUCCCAAGUUCAUGUUGGAGGAGUUCAUAAUAUCCCAGAGGAUGACCUUAACUUUGUGUAUCUUGCUGAGAACAUUCGAGUGCCCAAAGAUCUCUAUGAGCGUGUCGCGGACAUGUCUGACUUUAAGAAGUAUGUUGGAGCUCUGCUGAUGAUACUCUUCGACAGAGACACUUUGGCCACACAUUGUCUGCAGGGCCGGAAGAACAACUUUACAGGAGAGGAAAGCCACAAGCCUCCUCUGCCACCUGAGAUUUUAAAAAGCCUCAUGGAUCACGUUGCUGAGAAGUUUGGCGUCGACAGCACCCAGAUUAAAUACGCUAUCCGCACAAAGCUGAACAACGAGGACAAGCUUCUGAAGAAGAGGCUUGGGCUAGCUAAAGCUGAAAACAGGGCAGCUGUUGAUCAAACCUUCUGCCAAGAUGCUUCACUUCUGUCUGGAAAUGAUGCAAUGGCGAAUGACUCUGAGUUUUAGCAGCGCCCAUCUGGCAUGGUAUUACUCUCUGAUCUCAAAGUGUUGCCUUUUUUAAACCAAGUGAAACUUUCAGUGUUUGUCAUACGUUUUUAGGCUCCUGUAUUUUUUUCUUCUUUUUACUCUGACAGCUCUUUGCUGCCUAUUGAGUCUGAGGAGUUGAUAACACUAUAAAGUUUUAUGUGUGUAUAACCUAGCGUUACUAAGCAUAAUGGUCUAUGAUGAGGUGAUUUUAUAUGUGUGGUAGCGUAGAAACAAUAAUAUUCAAUCUCUCAACCCAGUGUACCUUGUAUGUGCAUACACCAGUGCUAUGUGUGAUCUUUUUAAAAGCUGAUGUUGCAGUUUUGACUUUUUCAUUCAAUUUCAGACUUUGAUUUCUGUUAUAAACACCCUUUUCUUAAAAUAAUCAGCUCUCAUGUUUUAUUUCGUCUAUGUACUGUAACUUUCUAUAAGUAUAUCAGUAUAAUAAAGUUUAGAACGUCC